AUGGCCUCCCUACCCUCUCUACACUUCCUUUCAUAUAUUGUACUAUGCUUGGCUUUAUUCAGCUUUCAAGCUCAUGCACUGGAUUACAAACCCUUAUCCAUUUAUCUUCCUAGCAAAACUAAGACGGUCUUAAACAUCAUAGAUUCAUGCUGGCGGACCAAAUCCAACUGGGCCUCGAACCGCCGCGCCUUGGCUGAUUGCGCGGUGGGUUUUGGCAAUGGUGCGGUAGGAGGAAAAUAUGGGUCUAUAUACGUAGUUACCAGUUCAUACGAUGAUCCUGUAAACCCCAAACCAGGAACACUUCGAUAUGGGGUUAUCCAAACACAGCCUCUAUGGAUCAUUUUUAGCAAGGACAUGGUUAUCACCCUUAAAAAUGAGCUAAUAAUGAAUAGUUUUAAGACUAUAGAUGGGAGAGGGAGCAAAGUAGAGAUUGCAUAUGGAGCUUGCAUAACAAUUCAAGGUGUUAGUCAUGUGAUUAUACAUGGGAUAAGUAUUCAUGACUGCAAGCCAGGGGGAUCAGGCAUGGUUAGGAGCAGUCCUACACAUGUAGGGGAACGAAGAGGUUCUGAUGGGGAUGGAAUUGCUAUAUUUGCUGCUUCAAAUGUUUGGAUUGACCAUUGCUACGUUGCUCACUGCACAGAUGGGCUAAUUGAUGUGAUCCAUGCUUCAACUGGAGUCACCAUCUCAAAUAAUUACUUUGCCCAACAUGACAAGGUGAUGUUGCUUGGACACAAUGAUGGGUAUUCUGCGGACAAAGUUAUGAAAGUAACAAUAGCCUUCAACCAUUUUGGCACAGGACUAAUUGAGAGGAUGCCAAGGGUGAGAUUUGGGUAUGCCCACGUUGCCAAUAAUAGAUAUGACGAAUGGAGAAUGUAUGCAAUUGGUGGUAGCGCUAAUCCUACCAUCUUUAGUGAAGGGAACUACUUUAUAGCUCCUGAUGAUCCUUCUUCCAAGCAGGUUACUAAGAGAGAGGGCAAAAGUGGUUGGAAGAAUUGGAAAUGGAGAUCCUCCAAGGAUGUAUUCAUGAAUGGUGCUUACUUUGUGCAAUCUGGAUAUGGAAGUAUUGCUCCACCUUAUUUUCGAACUCAGAGAUUUCCAGUUGCUCCUGGAUCCAUGGUUCCUGCUUUAACAUCCGAUGCUGGUCCUUUACGUUGUUUCGUUGGUAAAGCAUGCGGCUAUAAAUAUUGA